UGUUUACUUGUUAGAUCGAAUGUACUUAUGUAGCUGAUCCACCAUUUACGAAAGAAUGUAAUGUGACGGGGAGAGAAGUUAAAAAACAGAAAGUAAAAUUUUGCACCAUAACAUUUGGAUGCCGCUUUGUUGUUUACCAGCGCAGUUUACUUGAAAGUCAUGCCAAAGAGAGCAAGGAUUGAUGAUAAGCGUAGUCGCCAGAAAGACAAGCUGAGAAAGAGACUGAAAAGACAACAGAAUGCUUGCUCCUCUGCCGUCACACCACCAAAUGAGACCACAGAGUCUGUUGUCCCUUGCUGGUCAAUGGACGGAGCUGUGUCAGCUCCCCCUGGUAAUCUUCCAGGGUUUGGUUUGAUGGGGUUUCCACCUAAAGAGGAAAAACCCCUGGCCAGGAUGCAGGCCUCGCCUCGAGUGAAAAUGCAUCCACCUGCCCCGAGGUUGCCAUCUCCUCGGGGAAGUCGUCUGUUUGUCAAAAACGUGACAAAGGCACCGUCCACUGACUCCCCAGCGUGGGUUUGUACUCCAACGAGGGUACCUGGGCAUGAUGAAGGCUUUAAGCCUUGCCCAGCAGGUCAGGCGCAGCUGGACUCUUCUGUGCUAAGAGGGUCUAGCAGUAUAACAAAAGAUGAGGAAAUAAAGACAGUGUUAAAAACGGCUUCUGAACGUAAAAAUAGUACGGACUUGGUCAAUGUAAACUUGUCUUGUGACAUGGAAAAAAAGGAACUAAAACAUGCAGAUGAAAUUUUGAAUGAGAAUGAGAUUGACAUAGCUGAAAAUAGUUACAUGAAUGAAAACGUUAUGAGACAUGCACAUGAAACUGUAUAUGAGAAUGUUGACAAUCAUCAGAGAUACUUUGUUCAAAAUAGUGAAUGUACUCAAAUGCAGGAAAUUGACUGUAAUGUAAAUGACACAAAUUUUCAGACAUCUGUUCAAGGUUCAUUCCAUCAGGCACAUCCCAUGUUUGGUGACAAUGCAGACUACUUAAAACAAAACAACAAAUGGUAUGCUGGAAUCUCUAUCAAUAGAGACAUUGAGAGUAAUGAAAAUGUAGAAGGUUCUGAACAAGAUGAAGUUCAAACUUCAAAUGAAAAUUCUGAACGAGAUGAAAUUCAAACAUCAAAUGAAGAUACUGAACAAGUUCAAGGAGAAACACCGAAUGAAGAUUCCGAACAGAUACAAAUAGCUGUAGACAGCUGUCUCCAACCUGUAGAUAUUGCACAAGAAGUUUUGGACCAUUAUUUUGAUGAUGUCUUCAAUAUUGCCCCUGCAGAAGGAAAUAAUCCAGUACGGAUGCUUCAAGAACAAGGAAACGAAGCAAAGACAUUCCCUUGCCAUUUUCCAUCAGGACAAUUCUCAUUUGAUCAACAAAGAGAUAAAAGAUUGACACUUGCUCGAUAUUUCAAUAACAGGCUGAUGAAUGCAGAUAACAGAUUUGCAAAAGAUACAAACUACAUCUUCUUUAGUCAGUAUAUGUCAGAACUAAAUCAAGUAAUUGAAAAAACGCAGAUUUCUGUUCGGAAGACGGUCACCAAAAAUGAAAAGGGGAGCGUUAUCAAUUCAGAUAUGCUUAGAAAUCCAGAAACUCUGUCAAAACUGUUGAGGAACGAUGAAGCAAUUAGAUUUAUGCAACCGAUAAGAGGUACACCAGCAUACUGGUCAGCAACUCAGAAAGAUCUAUUUGCUAUGCUUAGACAGCUUGGAAUUCCAACGUGGUUUUGCUCGUUUUCUUCAGCAGAAUAUAGAUGGAAUGAUGCCAUAAGUUCUUUACUCAAACAACUCAAUGAUGAAAGAAAUCCGGAUUUGUUAGACUGGACAGAAAAAAAUGAAAUUUUGCGGAGCAAUCCCGUUACAGUGGCAAGAAUGUUUGAACAUAGAUUUCGUAUCUUUCAGCGGGAUGUUAUUCAUUCACCGUCAGAACCUAUUGGGAAAAUAGCCGAUUUCUUUCAAAGAGUUGAAUUUCAACAAAGAGGUUCGCCACACAUGCAUUGUUUAUUUUGGGUGGAAAACGCACCAAAAAUAGAUGUUGAUGGUAAGGAAGCUGUGACAGAAUUUAUCGACAGAUACGUGACAUGUGCUGUGCCAACUGAAAAUGAAGACUCUGAACUAAGAAAAAUUGUACUGGAUGUUCAACAACACAGUAAGAAGCACUCAAAGUCGUGCAAGAAAAAUGGAAAAGAAUGUAGAUUUAACUUCCCGAGACCUCCCUCACAGCGUACAUUCAUAACAGAAAAGCAUGAUGAUGACGAUGAAGAUGAAACUGCAGAAAUUCAAGAUGUGCACCAACGUAAUUCUACUUCAAAUCUUACCAAGUCUCAAGCAAAAGAAAUUUUAUUGAGUGUUUGGAAUAAGAUUCAAACUGAUUGUGAUGGGUAUGAGACAACAGAAGAUAUAUUCGAGGAUCUUUCUCUGAAUCAAGACACAUACCAAAAUGCAAUGAAUGUUUUGUCAGAAAAAUUGACAGUUGUCCUCAAAAGGCAUCCAAAUGAAUUGUGGACAAAUCAGUACAACCCAUGUCUUCUUAAAUGUUGGGAUGCAAAUAUGGAUAUACAAUAUGUUUUGGAUCCUUUUAGUUGCAUCGUAUACAUCGUCUCGUACAUCUCUAAAUCUGAAAGGGAAAUGGGAAUGUUAUUAAAACAAACAAACGUUGAAGCCCAAGAAGGAAAUCUGGAUGCCAAACAAACAUUAAAAAAAAUAGGAUCUGCAUAUUUGACGCACAGAGAAGUUACUGCGCAAGAAGCCGUCUACAGAGUUUGCAAUCUAAGAAUGAAAGAAGCUUCAAGGAAAGUGAUCUUCAUACCAGUUGGAGAAAACCCUACUCGAAUGACAAAACCCCUUUCACAAAUGAAGCGAAAACAAAAGGAUGCUAACGAUGAUUUACACGACGAAAAUGACGAGGAUGACGAAAUUUUCAUGACAAACAUUGUCGAAAGGUACGAAAACCGACCAGACAACAAGAUAUUUAACAACAUGUGUCUAGCCGAGUUCUGCUCUGAUUAUCGCGUCCUUGCCAAAUCCCAAGUUCCAAAAGGGGUUAAUGAAAAUGUCUUUGAACUUCAAAAUUCUAAGGGAUAUGUUCAAAAGAGAACGAGAACAAAACAGGCAGUUGUUAGGUAUCCAAGAUUUAGCGCUGAAAAAACAUCUGAGAAAUUUUAUCAAUCUCGACUACAGCUGUUUCUUCCCUAUCGGCAUGAAACACAAUUAAAACCGGAAACUUUUGAUUUGUACGAAACAUUUUAUGAAAAAGGAUUUGUGAAGUUACAUGGCUCGAGAUCUGUAACAGCAGUAAAAAUAAUUGUGGAAACAAAUCAUGCUCGCUUUGCUCAGAAUGAAAGUGUUAUAGAUGAAGCUCAAGAGUUGUAUGAAAACAUAGGAGAACCGGAAGAUGCAUGGGCAAAUCUAUGCCCCGAGACAGAAAAAAAUAGAGAUGAAUGUGCCAUGAUGAAGUCAACACAGAAAACCCCCGAAGAUCUUGUAGAAAAUGUACCAGAUAUUGACAGUGAUUUCAACAAAGCUGAUGUGUUGUAUCAAGUACAACAACUUUGCGUCUCUAAUGAAGAAAUGUUGAAUAUUGUACAAAACUUGAAUCAAAUCCAACAAAACGUGUUCUACUUUGUGCGAGACUGGUGUGUCAGAAAAAUAGUAAAUGAAAACCCAGCUCCGUUCCAUAUAUUUUUAACAGGAGGUGCAGGAACAGGAAAAAGCCAAAUUGUGAAAGCUAUCAAUUUCGAAGCAUCACGCCUUUUCUCUAAAAGAUUGUCGUCACCAGAGGCUUUAUCAGUGUUGCUGACAGCUUUUACCGGCACAGCUGCAUUUAACAUUGGUGGCAGUACAAUUCACAGUGUUUUUUCUUUGACAAAGUUCUUGCCCCUGCCAUAUGAACCAUUAAAAGAACAAACUUUAAGUGAAAUCAGAAUGAAGCUCUCAGACUUGCAAAUUCUUGUAAUAGAUGAAGUAUCGAUGGUGUACAAAAGACUUUUAUACUACAUCCAUGAAAGACUAGUGCAAAUCAAAAAAUGCAAAGACCCAUUUGGAGGCGUUAGUGUGCUUGCAGUCGGUGAUUUCUUCCAACUACCACCAGUAAAACAAAGAAAAGAUGAGAGACUAUAUAAAGACAAUGCAUCAUAUCCAAUUGACCAUUGGCAAGAUUUAUUUCAAGAAGUUGAAUUGACUGAAAUUAUGCGUCAACGCAAUGAUGUUCCAUUUGCAAGAGCUUUGAAUUUGCUGCGCACAAGAACCUUAGAAGAUCCUUUAGCAAAUGAAACACUUGACACAGUGAAUGAUUGUAUCAGAGAUGGUCCGGAAGAUGUUCUUCACGUAUACUCCACUAACGAUGAGGUAAACAAUUACAAUUUGAAUAUGCUAGAAAAGAAAUGCAAAGAUUUCAAACAGAUUGAUGCAAAAGAUUAUCAAAAAGAUAAAACCUCAGGAAAACUCUGCCUUAGAGAUAAACCGUGUAUAACCAAAACUGACAGUUUAUCAAGCUCGUUACUCUUCGCAGUUAAUGCUCGUGUCAUGUUGACGAGAAAUUGCGAUGUCAAAGAUGGUUUAGUCAAUGGAGUUAUGGGAUACAUUUCCCACUUUCAAUACGGAGAUGCAGAAAAAACAAACGUUACAGCUAUAGCUGUUAUAUUUGACAGUCAAAACGUCGGUAUAAAAACGGGAAAGCGAACUAAAAAUGGAAACAUGGUAUUGAUUGAAAGAAUUCAAGAAGAAAUUCUUGUAAGGAAAUCAAAUGCUAUUGUUAGACAGCAGUUUCCAUUAAAGCUAUCAUGGGCCUGUACAGCUCACAAGGUUCAAGGGAUGACUGUUGAAAAAGUUGUUGUCAACCUUGACAAAACAUUUGCUCCUGGCCAAGCCUAUGUUGCAUUAACGAGAGUAACUUCAAAAGAUGGAUUAUUCAUAGAAACAAACGACAGAGCAAAGUUAGCCAAAAAGUUGUACGCUGAUCCAGAUGUGAAAUCAGCCAUGAAAGACAUGAAAAAACUGGAACUUGACAGACCAUUUGAAGUUCACUCCAACAGCACCAUAGUUAGGGUGGAACAACUUUAG